AUGUCCAACGAGAACAGCAUCGCUCGGACUCAGGAUCAACUGGCUGAAGAUGAUCAAGCCAGCCUCAGCAGCUCGGGCUCUGAUGUCUACGUUCCUCGCAUGUCCGCGCAGGCUCCGACUUCCCGGGCGAGGAAGCACAAGACUAAGGACGAGCUGAUUGCUGAAGGCAUCCUUCCACCCCGUCCAAUCCGCAAGACGUACGAGCAGCUGCUGGAGUUGGGUAUCUGUCCGAGGUACCCAGAUAUUCCGCCAGAGGCACCAGAGGAGUAUCACAAUGCGCCUGACUUAGAUGCGCUCGUCAUGCCCGGCAUGAUAUACAGACGGGAGAUGUCUGAAUGGCGGGAUACCUGUGCGGGUAUACUACACGAGAGAAAGAAGACCAAGGCGCUGGAGAGGGCUGAGCGCAGAGCUGCUCGGGCAGUGCGCAGGGAAGAGAAGGCAGAGAGGAAGGACAGAAGAAUGCAGGCGCGUAUGGCUCUUGUGCAUAACGACAAUGAUACUAUGAAGUGUCCAGCGAAUCAGACGGAUGAUUAG